UAAAAUGGCGGCGCAGGACGAGAUGGAAUCUCUCCUCCUGGAAGAGACGGGUGCAGAGAUGCUGAAAGGUAGAGAGGCAAAAAUGGAGAGCACCAAAAAGAACGAGUCGAAACUGGUUCUCUAUCACUGGACCCAGUCAUUCUGUUCACAGAAGGUGAGGCUGGCCAUAGCUGAGAAGGGUUUGCAGUGUAAGGAGUAUGAUGUGAGCUUGCCUCUGAGUGAACACAAUGAGCCAUGGUUCAUGCGUCUGAACCCAGCCGGCGAAGUUCCUGUUCUGGUGCACGAUGAUCGUGUCAUCUGUGACCCAACUCAGAUCAUGGAUUACUUGGAGGAAACUUUCAAUGAUGAGAAUACUCCAAAGCUGAUUCCAGAGACAGGGAGUACAUAUUAUCACAGAGUUCAGCAUUACCGCGAGCUGCUGGACUCGCUGCCCAUGGACGCUUACACACAUGGCUGCAUUCUCCAUCCUGAGCUCACAGUGGACUCUCACAUCCCGGCCUACGCCAACACACGCAUCCGCGCACAGAUCGGGAGCACGGAAUCAGAGCUGAAGAAACUGGCUGAAGAAAACCCAGAGCUUAAAGAUGCUUAUAUCUCAAAACAGAGACGCCUAAAAACAAAGCUGUUCGAUCACGACAAUGUGAAAUAUCUGAAGAAGAUUCUGGAUGAACUGGAGAAAGUUAUGGAUCAGGUGGAGACCGAGCUGCAGAGGAGAGCAGAGGAGACUCCAGAGGAGGGAACUCAGCAGUCUUGGUUGUGCGGCGAGUUCUUCAGCAUGGCCGAUGUUUCGCUCGCCGUCACGCUCCAUCGGCUCAAGUUCCUCGGCCUCUCUCGUCGUUACUGGGGCAACGGCACACGGGUCAAUCUGGAGUCAUACUACGAGCGCGUCCUGGAGCGCCCUACGUUCCGCAGGGUCCUCGGACACGUCAACAACAUCCUCAUAUCAGCCGUGUUACCGACUGCUUUCAGAGUGGCCAGGAAGAGAGUGCCUACCUUCAUCGGCACCACGGUGUUAAUCGGAUUAUUCGGAGGUGCAACAUAUUUUGCUUUUCUUUAUUUUAAAAAGCGACUGUUUGUGCCCUGAAGUAGCCGUAAUCAUUAUUCAUGGCCCUCGUAAGUUUAUUUCAUUUGAUUUAUUUAGCCAAGCCAAUACAUAUAUACUGUAAUUUCUGGACUGUAGAGGAGAUGGGUCGAGGUGGCGUACGGCAAAAUGACGUGUAUGUCGCGUUAUCUUGAUUGUAAUACUGCAACCCCAAUUCCAAAAAAGUUGGGACGCUGUGUAAAACGUCAAUAAAAACAGAAUGCAGUGAUUUUGCGAAUCUCACAGACCCAUAUGCUAUUCACAACAGAACAUAGAAAACAUAUCAAAUGUUUAAACUGAGUCAACGUAUCAUUUUAAGGAAAAAAGAAGGUCAUUUUGAAUUUGACGGCUGUAGCACGUCUCAAAAAAGUUGGGACGGGGGCAAGAAAAGGCUGGAAAUGUAAGUGUUAGUAAAAAGAAACAGCUGGAGGAACCUUUUGUAACAUCUGGAAAGGCAGCAUCAAUACUGAAUAUUGAUGUAUAUAUACAGGUCUUGGAGCAACAUAUGCUUCCAUCUAGAUUCCAUCCCAUCUUUACUUCUGAAAGACUCCGCCUCUCUAAGAUACUCUUUUUAUACCCAAUCAUCUUACUGACCUGUUGCCAAUUAACCUCCGGCUGGUUCUUUUUAGUAACACUUACUUUCCCAGCCUUUUGUUGUCCCCGUCCCAACUUUGAGAUGUGUUGCGGCCAUCAUAACAUAUGGGUUCGUGAGACUUGCAAAUCGUUGCAUUCUGUUUUUAUUUGCAUUUUACACAGCAUCCCAACUUAUUUGGGAUUGCGGCUGUAAUUUGUCAAAGUCUUAAUCAUAAAUAUACUCAUUGAGUUACUCACCAUAGACAAAAUGUGACAGAAUCUAUCAAUUUAGUGUUUUUUUUUUUGUUUUGUUUUUUUUAAAUAAAUUUUCCCCCUAAUACAAUACAUUUUUCACUUUGUGAUGAUGUGUUGGUGAGCUGUUAUGGGUUAACAAUGCUAUUUAAAAAUGGUUCUCAAAGCUAACAAGCUCAAGAAGAUAACUCGUUACUUAGAAAUGUGUUGUAGCACUUGGGGGGGGAAAAACCUGGCUACUAAAUAAACUGUUAUAAAGUAUCAGAUAGCCCAGACUUAACUAAACAUGUUCAUAUAACUAGUCUAAUUUGAGUAUGCUGAUGUUUACAGAGAGCAUUGAUCGGCUAACUAAACAGCUAGCUAGCUAGCAAACUUGGCUAGUAAGCGUCAGCAGAUUCCUUGCGCUAGUACGAGGCUUUUACUUUCGUACCUAAGCGAGUGGUCAGACUCGAAGCUCGCAUAAAGAUCAAUCCUUAGUAGCAGCCUGGUCAGGGUCACAGUCUUUUAAAUGAAGCUACCAGUUUGUUUACAUUUUGGGAAAUAGACUCCACAAAAUUCGUUCAACUAAAAAUAACAGCGAAGACGGACAUCUCUCGAGUGAUACAGCUGAGGCUGAGCAUAACUAUCAAUAAAAAUAAAAUUCACACAUUCUCACGUUUGUGACGUUUUCAUCAAAGCAGCGCGAUCAUUUGCGUCUUACGCUCGAGAUUGUUUUAUGGUCCGGAAAAUACAGUGAUUGUGAAAAUAUAUGCACAUUAAGCACUUUUUUUUAAUCAUAAAUUAUGUGUAAAAUGUGAUAUACACCCUCUUUAUUCUGUCCUGAGUUCUCCACAGUGACUAAUGCACAGUACUCUAGUAAGCAUGUGCUGGUAAUCAGCUGUACCGUUAUAUUAUAAUAAAUAUGAUUUGUCAUCGUGCGCAUUUCAGAAUAUUGUCAGAAAAUGUGUAUUUUGUUAUUAGAUUUUUAUUCAGAAAGUGUGACAGAAAAUUAGGCGGUUAUCAUGGACUGGAAAGGUAAUCUCAGCAUAUUCCUGUUCAGUAUCGCGUGAAUGGGAAGUUGUGUUUAUCUCAUUUACUGUUUUGGUUUAUUUAGUGAAGCUACGCAUUUAAUCAGGCUUGUAUUCUGCACCAGGCAACAGUGAACAUCAGAGUCAGAUAAAACACUUGGCUUUUCUUUAACUGUGUCGUAUGGAAUUGUUUGGAAAAAACGUCUUGUACUGUAAUGAAAUGACUCAGUCUGGCAAUGCACUGUGUUUAUAUGCAGACAUUGUUAUUCAUAUAUACUACAUCGGAUAUUAAAAGUCCAGACAGUCCUGUUAAAAUGGUCGGUUUGUGUGAUGUUAAAAAUAAAACCUCGAGAUAAAAUCUUGUCAGAACUUUUCCUACUACCAUUCAUGUGAAACCAACAAAAUGAAGGUGAAAACGAAUGGAAAUGUUUUAAGGGGA